AUGGCUUGAGAACUCAAGAGAGAACAACUCCUAACGUUACUUCCUCUCCACAUCCUCUUCAACCUCUGACUUUAUUCAUCUGUGUCUCCACAGCUCUUAACAUAAUGCUGGGCACAUGCCUCCUCAGAUGGAUGUCACCCGCCUGCUCCUGGCCACCCUGCUGGUCUGCCUGUGCUUCCUCACUGCUUAUAGCCACCUGGCACCUGAAGAGAAGCCCAAAGAUGACAGAAGCCUGAGGAGCAACUCCUCCAUGAACCUGUGGGAUUCCCCUUCUGUCUCUAUCAUGGGGAUAAACAAGAAGUCCAAAAAGAUCAGCAGAAAAGAGGCAGAAAAGAAGAGAGCUUCCAAGAGAAAGGCUUCGAUUAAGAAGGUGACGCGGCCCCGGCCCCCGCCGCCCGAUCCCUGCGUAGCCACCCGCAACAGCUGCAAACAGCCGGCGCCCCCCUGCUGUGACCCGUGCGCCUCCUGCAUGUGCCGCUUCUUCCGCAGCUCCUGUUCCUGCCGUGUGCUCAACCGCAACUGCUGAGCGCCGCCUGCCGGCUG